GCAGAUGAGAGAGGCAGAGGAGAAAAGAUCUAAGAGAUCAUGGAGCGUUUUUGAACAAAGCAGGUGCAGCCACUGAUCUGUCUCGUGUUGUGUACACGGUCCUGGGUGGAGGACAGGUAGGGGCCCCUCGGGGGCUGGAUCAUGGGACAGAGCCUUGGUGUGGAGAUUCCAGCUCAGGAUCCACAACAACACAAAACUGGCGAUGAUGAAUCUGAGCAGCACCACAGCACAAUGGUGGGAGAGGGGAGCAGCACAGGGGAUGAUACCCCAAAGCGUAAAGGCAAGUUUUCCACUUUUGGCAAGAUCUUCAAACCCUGGAAGUGGCGUAAGAAGAAAAGCAGCGAGAAGUUCAAGGAAACAUCUGAAGAACUUGAGAGGAAAAUGUCGACAAGGCGUACACGACAGGAGCUUAUAGAACAAGGGGUGCUGAAGGAGGUCCCAGACAACGAUGGCGAUGCACAAAAUGUGAAACAAUCUUAUGUGAAGAAUGGUCACACCCUCCCUGUCGGGGUUGGUGGAGGAGGAUCGGGAGUCAUUAGCUCCAGCAGAAGUCCGUCUAACCCGGCCAAACUCCCUGUGGAGUCUGACUUUAGAAUGAACCCUGCGAGGCUCGUCCAGCCAGAAGAGCGCUGGGGCCACUCGCCGUCAAACGGAGACCGCCGUGGAGCUGCGAGCUCCAGGAGCACAGGACUUCAUGAGGAAGGGCGGAGAAGUGGAGGGAUGGGGGCACGUGCACAUGGGGACGGGGAGUGGAAGUCUAACCUAGCCUGGCACGGUCAGAUCCAUGGUCAGAUGGAGGAGGGCAGGCGUGGGGGCAGACUUCACCCAGAGAACGGGCAGAGGAGGCCGGGGCUGCAGAAGGCACCAUCAGAAGAUGGCAGGAGGAGUCGGCCUGCAGAAGCAGACUGGAAACCUACGCUCCCUCGCUACGCGUCUGCAGAAGAGGGACGGGCCCGCAGAGAGUCAGACAGCCAUUUUGUCCCUGAGCCAGACGCCCUGCAGGACAGCCUGUGCGAACCUCUGCCUCCUAAACAGUCGGCCGUGCCUCCAAAGUGGAUGAUGAGCUCCACCGCUGAAGGAGACGGCCCACCUCGGACACCUUCCAACCACCCCACCACCCAGUACUCCUCCACCUCAGCUGUGACGUCCAAGCCCAUUCGAUCCGUCUCGUCUACGGGUACCAACACUCAGCAGACUUCUACCUCUCAGGUCACCAAGCAGCCCCCUCUGCCUCCACCCAAGCCUGUGAACAGGAGCAACGCCACCAUGCUGGGUGACUUCACACAAGGCUCAGGGGGGGCCAGUCUCCAUCCGGUCAAACCGUCUCCACCGACGCCCCCUAAGAGGACCACCCCGGUCACAAAACGCAACACAGAGGACUCUGCUACGAGCCAUCCCAUCAUCCCAUCCCCUCUCUCCGCAGAGGAGCGCAGCAGCCUCCCUCUAGGUUUCCAGCUGCCCCCUCUCCCUCCCUCCCCGCCCCUACCAGCUCACAAACCCCCCUCCCCGCCCCGCCAGCACAUUCACACCCACCACCUUCACCAUCAGCAUUCCUACCCCCACCCGCUGCCCCAGCCCAUACCAAUGCUGUUCGACCCGCCGAGCCCGACCGUAGAAUCUCCCCGGCGCCCGGCCCCCGUCCCACUGCACAUCAUGAUCCAGAGAGCCCUUUCCAGUCCCGGCCCGGCUCAGCCGCAUCCGGACGGAUCGCAGCGAGCUCACGCGCUGCUCUUCGAAACUCCUCCAGAAUACCAAGGAGAUCGUGGUCGACCUCUGCCUGUCAGCAUCCAGCCGUUAAAACUAUCUGAAGAUGACUACUCUGAGGAAGAAGAGGAAGAUGAUGAGGAAGAGGACGAGUACGAUGGGGAGAUUCCCCAGCCGGAACUGGAACCACGGAGUCGCCGGUGCCUGGUAGGUGACGCUGGCAUCUGCAUCAUCCCCGGGGGAGACGACAGUGAAGAAGAGGAAGAGGAGGAUGAUACUGGAGGAGGACAUGCCAUGCAUGCAGAGGACAGUGACUCGGAUGGACCUGUGCUCCAUAAAGAUGAAGACUCCGACGAGGAAGAUGAGCCCCCUCUGAGUGCCCUGGCCAGCAGGGUGAAGAGGAAGGACACCCUGGCGCUGAAGCUCGGCGGCCGUCCUUGCGCCCCCGAUCGGGACCGGUUCACCCAGGAGAGGAGCAGCAGAGAGGAUCAGCCUCCGGGGCAGACGGGCCUCACCUGGCAGAGCAGGGAGCAGUGGGAAGCCAUUCGCACGCAGAUCGGCACAGCACUCACACGACGACUUAGCCAGAGACCCACAGCUGAGGAGCUGGAACAAAGAAACAUCCUCCAGCCUAAAAACCAGGCUGACAGGCAAGCUGAGGUUCGAGAAAUAAAGCGGCGACUGACCAGAAAGCUGAGUCAAAGACCCACUGUGGCAGAACUCCAGGCAAGAAAGAUUCUGCGUUUCCACGAGUACGUGGAAGUCACGGAGGCUCAAGACUACGACAGGAGGGCAGACAAGCCGUGGACCAAGCUGACUCCAGCUGACAAGGCAGCCAUCCGGAAGGAGCUCAACGAUUAUAAAAGCACUGAAAUGGAAGUUCAUGAGGAAAGCAGAAUUUACACAAGGUUUCAUCGGCCUUAGCAUCCACACUCUGAAAAUAAAGCACUUAAGAUGUCUGUGGAAAGAAGCUUCUUCAUUCGCAGAGUGCCCUUUUUUUUACCUUGAUAGAAUGUGCUGUACUGUUGAUCAGGGGACGCCUGGAACUGACUCACAGUGCUUGUUGCCCUCUCCCCCUCCUGCACUGCUUUUGCUGAACUGAGGUGGUGGUGGGUGAGGACCAGAUGCAGUAUUUCUCCUGAUGAUGGGGAGAGCCACGUGCCAAUGAAGUACGGAGGUGGCAGAGGACCUACACUACAGGGCUUACUCUCCCUUUGCUGUUGUGUGGUACCCCUCAGGGACUCCGAUCUAGUUAAAACCUUUAAUGCGGCCUCAUUAUGUGUUGCCUUUUUUUCUUCUUUGCUGAAUAUGGAAACACUAACUCAUCUUGUUAAUGUAAUAGCUUAAAAUGUAAAAAGAAAAUGGUAAUAAUAAGAAUGACCUAUCGCACUUCACACAGUAAUAAUAAUAAACUGAGACUGGAUCAAGAGUGGACCUGAAUGGAGAGGACUUGGAAAGUCUGCUUUAGGAACUGGACAUCUCUGGGAUAUUGUAUGUUUUAUAUUGAUGAUGUACAGACUUCUACUGUUAUACUUUAGAUCGCGAUGAGAAUAUUCUGUAA